AUGACUACCAAGCAGUCAGAGGAUGAUGCACCCGGGGACGUGAGUGACGAGAGCCGAAGCACCGGACUCAUGGUGAGGCUCAUGGUGAGGGUCAGGAAAUUAAAGCCCAAGGAAGUAUUCACCUGCCGGCUGGCCAAGACGUUGGCUAUGGGUCAGGGUCUGGCUGUGCUCAUCUGUGGGACGGCCAUCACCUCCCAGUACCUGGCCACAAGCUUCCAUAUGAACACACCCAUGCUGCAGAGCUUCUUUAACUACGCCCUGCUGUGUGUCACCUACACCCCUGUGCUGCUCUGCAGAACAGGGGAUGGCAAUCUUUUACAGAUCCUGAAAAGGCGAUGGUGGAAGUAUCUUCUGCUGGGGCUGGUGGACGUGGAGGCCAACUACGCCGUGGUCAAAGCAUACCAAUACACCACCAUCACCAGUGUUCAGCUGCUGGACAGCUUUGUGGUCCCAGUCCUGAUGAUCCUGUCCUGGUGGGUUCUGAAGACACGAUACAGUCUGGUCCACUACAUCGCUGUCUGCAUCUGUCUCCUCGGGGUGGGGGCCAUGGUGGGGGCCGACCUGCUGGCUGGACGAGACCAGGGCUCUACCUCGAACAUCCUGCUUGGGGACGGUCUGGUGCUGCUCGGUGCCUCGCUGUACGCGGUGUCUAACGUGUGUCAGGAAUACACCGUGAAGAACCUCAGCAGGGUAGAGUUCCUGGGCAUGGUCGGCCUGUUUGGCACCAUCAUCAGCACGGUACAGAUGGUGAUCCUGGAACGUAAUGAAGUGGCUAACAUUCAGUGGAGCUGGCAAGUCGGGCUCCUGUUCUCUGCCUAUGCAGUGUGCAUGUAUAGUCUGUACAGCUGUAUGCCCAUCGUGGUGAAGCUGAGCAGCGCCACCGCCGUGAACCUCUCCCUGCUCACCGCCGACCUCUUCAGCCUCUUCUGCGGGAUCGUUCUCUUCCAGUACAAUUUCACUGGGCUCUACCUGGUCUCGCUGGUGGUCAUCCUUAUCGGCUUCAUCGCCUUCAACAGCGUGCCAACACCCACAGACCUCGCAGACCCCGCUGCCUCCCCCUCCUCCAUAUGUGAGGAAGGUUACGACCCUGCGGCCAUUCCAAAAGACCUCACCAAUCGGGAGGUGGCCGUGAACAUCACUGCUGAGGAAGAGGAGCAGCAGGAGUGUGGAGAGACAGAGGAGGGAUUAGAGGAAAAGCAGAGAAGGAGAGGGAAGAAGAAGAGAGCAUCACAAAGCCUCGGAAGAGGGAGCGGUGACAAGGAUGUUGUUACUGCUGGACGCAGCACUAAAAUGUGA